CUUUUCAAUAUUUGGAGCAUUAAUGAUUGCAAGUUCAUUGUACGAAUAUUUCACUGUUCACUGUCAAAAAUCCACUCCAAUUCCAGUCUUAUUGGCAUUUUCGGUAUUAACAAAUGGCAAGAAACUAUUUACAAUCAAUACCAAAAGUUCACCAAACAACAUUGACUGUUUGACAGGAGUUCGCGUGAUAACAAUGUUGUGGAUUGUUUAUGGUCACACUGUUAUGCAGACAAAAAUUGCUCCAGUUAUUAAUAAAAUUGAUAUGCAAUCAUGGUUCACAGAUUUUUGGUCAAUGGUAGUCGGAAAUGCAACAAUUUCAGUUGAUACGUUCUUCUUUAUAAGUGGACUUUUAGUUGCAUGGUUAGGCUUCAAGGAAUUAGAUAAAACGGGUGGUAAACUAAAUUUUAUCAUGAUGUACGUUCAUCGUUACAUCCGGCUAACACCUCCAGUUGCUGCUGUACUUCUUUACAAGCUCAGUAUUAAUAGACUGAUUUAUUCCGGUCCAAUGAGGAUAGAUUAUAUCGAUAAAGCUCAGUGUACUAGUGAAAAUUGGUGGCCAGUUCUACUUUAUAUUGCAAAUUAUUUUGUUCAGGAACCAAGGUGUUUUGAUGUUACUUGGUAUUUGAACGUAGACUUCCAACUUUAUAUCCUUUCUCCACUUCUUCUGAUUCCGAUGUGGAAAUAUGGAAAGAAAUUUGCUCCGAUAUUACUACUUCUGUCAAUUGGUUCAAAUGCAUGGAUGAUGGUUAAUUUUUAUCAAAAUAGUUAUACUGGUCUUUUAUCUGGAACCAAUACAAAUACUUGGGCAAAGGUUUACGUUCCAACUCACCUUCGAUGUUCUCCUUGGUUAGUUGGAUUAGGAUUUGGUUACUUUAUGCAUGUUAAUCGACAGAAGAAGUCUCAGAUAUCAAAGAUCUAUCAACUUCUAGGUUGGAUAGCUUGUUUAGCUAUUUUCUUCGCCAUUGUCUUUGGACCUUAUUUCACAGUUGAUUCUGAAGGUAAUGCUUCAAUGUUAGAAGCUGCACUAUACGAAGGAUGGAAACGAUUUUCUUGGGCUAUUGCAUUAUGUUGGUUAACAUUUGCAUGUCAUUUUGGUAUUGGAGGAUUAAUCAAUUCAUUUUUGUCACAUCCAUUUUGGCAACCUUUUGGUCGUGUGUCAUUUGCAUUGUAUUUAAUACAUUUGACGGUUAUUAAUAUAAAUUUUGGAACACUUCGUUCGGAGAUAUUCUUUUCGGAUUAUCACAUGAUGCUUCAACUUUGUGGUGCAUUUGGAAUUUCAUUGACGUUUGCUAUAUUGGUAACAUUAGCAUUUGAAUCUCCUAUUUUUGUGUUGGAAAAAUUCAUUUUUGGAGGAAAACCAAAGUCAGAUAAGAAAUCACUUGAAUCAAACGGUUUGAAUCAAGUUGUACUUGAUUUAUCUAAAACACAAAAUGGAAAAUGCAGACAUUUUUUUCGAUAUUUCAAUGCAAAAGAUAUCCUUUAUUUCAGUCACUUGUGUAAGAUACUGAUAAAAAAUGGACGAGAGACUUCCGUAUCCGUAAAGAUCAACAAUGUUCAAUCAAUUGCAGUUUUAAAUAAUGUAACAGUGUCAAGUGAUUUUCUUUGGGAUUCGUUACGUGAAAGAUUUCAAAACAUCAAAAAUGAUAUUAAUUUCAAUUCAAGUUUAACUUUUUCAUCACAAAAAUGCAUUGAUCAUAUGCUUGCUCUAUUAAAUCACUAUCCAAGCCCGAAAGUAAAUCGAAUUUUUAAUUCUUGGGGCAAACUGCCAUCAGGUAUUGAAUAUGGAAACUUUUAUGAUACCGGAAACUUUGAUCAGUGUGUAAAAACAUCUAUAAAAUUUAAUGAUGAAGAUUUAUCCGUGGUAGAUGGAAAAUAUUGUUUUGCCAAAAUAAAACCAAAUGAUGUUUAUUCACUGGAAAAGAAUAUUGCUCGACUUUCUCCAUUGCCAAAUGAUUUUGAAAUAAAUAUUGGAAUAUGCGUUCCUGAUAGUUGCAGUGAGGAAUUUUUAACAUCUGUAUUUUCGCAGCCGAAUGGAAGUACAAAUUUUACAGAGAUAUCUGUUUCGAAUUGUUCGAAUGGAAAAAGACCACCGAUGAAGAUAAUAAAUUAUUUUGGAAUUUUCAAUGUUACACAUUUUUUUUAUUUUUUAAUAUUCACUUUCUGUAGAGCAAUAUUUUCUUUAUUUGCAGUAUUUAUGAUCUUGAGUUCAAUCUAUGAUGCCUGUACUACUAACAAUAAAAAAUCUCCAAAAUCUAUCUUCUUAGCAUUUUCGAUAUUUUCAAAUGGCAAAAAGAUAUUUGCAAUCGACACAACCAAAUCUCCAAAAAAUAUUGACUGUCUCACUGGAAUUCGUGUUGUUUCAAUGAUAAUGAUUAUAAAUUUUCACACUUACCUCAAUACUUCAUUUAUUCCAUGGAUCAACGAAAUUGACAAUCUACCUUGGUCGAAAACAUUAUGGUCAAUGUACAUUAUGAAUGCUGGAAUGGGAGUUGAUUCGUUCUUCUUUAUAAGUGGUCUACUUGCAGCUUGGAGUGGUUUGCAAAAAAUGGAUAAAACGAAAGGUAAACUCAAUAUUGGAAUGAUGUACGUUCAUCGUUAUAUUCGUUUGACACCAGUUGUUGCUGCCACAAUCUUAUUCGUUAUGAGCAUAAAUGAAUUUAUUUACACUGGACCGUUUAGAGAUAUUGUUUUGUCAAAAAAUCAAUGCAACAAAAACACUUGGUGGCCAAAUCUGUUAUAUAUUCAAAAUUACUAUCAUCCAGAUGGAUUAUGUAAUAAUGAAACAUGGUAUCUUGCAGCUGAUUUCCAACUCUAUGUUUUAUCACCGCUUCUUUUGAUUCCACUGUGGAAAUGGGGAACAACAUUUAGCCCUGUUUUGUUGAUCCUAUCUCUUAUAUCCGUUGGACAGGUUAUGACGGUUUACAUCUCAAAACAAUUCACUGGACUUUUAAACGUAUCCGACGAAAAUAAAUGGGAAUUAACUUACAUCCCAACCCAUGCCAGAUGUCCUCCAUGGUUAGUUGGGUUAGCUGUUGGCUAUUUUAUGCAUAAAAACCGAACGAAAAUUUUCCAUAUUCCCAAGAUUCUUCAACUGAUUUUAUGGGUAAUAAGUCUUACAUUAUUAUUUGGCAGUGUCUUUGGACCUUACUUCACCGAAAAUGGUCGUUCUUCAGUUCUAGUCACUGCAUUUUAUGGAGGUUGGAAACACUUUGCAUGGGGAAUUGCCUUAGCAUGGAUAACAUUUGCUUGUCAUUUUGGAUUUGGUGGAAUUUUAAAUACUUUUCUAUCGCAUCCAUUUUGGCAGCCUUUGGGACGUUUAACUUAUUCAAUGUAUCUGACAAAUAUGAUUGUUUUAGGAAUACAUUUUGGAAUGAUGAGAACGCCAGUGUAUUUUUCUGAUUAUAAUGAGAUCCUAUAUUGUUGGAGCACUUUUGGAAUGACAUUAGUUGCAGCAAUUGUUAUGGCUUUGGCAUUUGAAUAUCCUGUUUUAGUUUUAGAAAAAUGCUUAUUACGAAAGAAAGCGGUGAAAAAGAAGACGACGGAAGAAGAAUUAUCCGCUCCAGCUUAAUAUUUAUGAAUUAAAUUGAUAUCGUCACUCUGGUGUAUGAGUAACAUUUUUUCUACAAAUAGCUAAAACUUCUAGUUAAAAAAAUUCGAACAUACUUACCUUAGCGAAAAAAAUUGGUCAAAAUAUAUAAUGGAUUCAAGAUGUUGUUGUUCAAAGAUAAUAAUGGAAUUGACGGAAAAACAGCAGCCUAACUGCAAGUAUGGAAACAUACGAAACAUGAAUAAUAUAGGAAUAUUAUCCAUCUAUCGGCUCACGGACGGGUGCGAAUUUGGCUGGACAAAAUUUUAAAAUUUAAAAAAAGUGUUCGCAAAACAUCAUUUUAAAGUUUUGGAUGCAUGGGGCCAUUAUCCAUCCGGAGUACAAUAUGGCAACAA